UGGUGGGGAAGGGGGGGGGCUUUGAUAUCCGUUGGGAGUUUGGGUCCAGAACCCCCAAUAGAUAUCAAAAUCCAUAUAUGCUCAAGUCCUGUUGUGUACAAUGCUGUAGUAAAAUGGAGAACUGUUCAAAUGAGCACAGGGGAGAGUCUGAGGAUCUGUGAAAUGGUGAGAAAUUACAGCAGAAAAAAAAUAAGGUCUCUGCUAUAUUAGACCCGCCAGUUGCCGAGUGUGGCGUGUGUGUGGGGCAGGACCAAACAGCUGCAAGACGUGCCAGAGGCAAAAGAGAGACUAAGCCGUUCUGUGACCAACUCAUUUAAAAAGAAGAAUGGGCUGUAGCCAAAAUUGUGGCCUGCUGAGUGGAGCGAUCAUCGGGGCAGUGCUGGCCAUCCUUGGAGGUGCCCUAAUCCCAGUAGGAAACUAUUUUGUUGAGAAGACAGUAAAAAAGGAAACGAUAAUUGAAAAUGGCACUAUCGCUUUUGAGAAUUGGGUUGUGCCUGGGAGUCCAGUGUUUAGGCAGUUCUGGUUCUUUGAUGUUCAGAACCCAGAAGAUGUAAAGAAAAAUGGGUCACAACCAAUAGUUAAACAGAAAGGCCCAUACACCUACAGGAUACGAUAUUUAGCCAAAGAAAACAUCACCCACCAUACAGAUUCCACAGUGUCUUACUUCCAGCCAAAUAUUGCUCAGUUUGAGCCUGAUAUGUCCAUUGGGCCAGAAAAUGACACAUUCACUUUGGUCAAUCUUGCUGUUGUGGCAGCACCGGCUUUAUAUCAAACUUCAUUCAUGCAAGCAUUGUUGAAUGUCUUCAUAAAAUCCUCAAAAUCAGAAUUCCUUCAAACCAGAAGUGUGAAAGAAAUACUCUGGGGCUAUGAAGAUCCUUUCUUAAAGAAAAUUCCAAUACCAGGAGUUGUGAAAAAGGUUGGCGUAUUUUUCCCAUUCAAUGAAACACUUGAUGGGCUUUACAGAGUCUACACUGGGCGAGAAGAUAUGAGCAAAACAGCAAUAAUCCACAGUUAUAAAAACAAAAGCAUGCUUCCAUACUGGGGAGGCCAUUGUGACAUGAUUAAUGGCACAGAUGGAUCAUCAUUUCCCCCUUUUGUCAGUAGGAAUGAUGUGCUGCAAUUUUUUUCUUCUGAUAUUUGCAGGUCCAUCUAUGGCAACUUUGACAGUGAUCAGCUUGUGAAGGACAUUCCACUCUAUCGAUUUAUAGUACCUCCAGAUGCUUUUGCAUCUCCACUUGUAAAUCCUGAUAACAUCUGUUUCUGCACAGAAAAAAUUAUAUCUGAGAACUGUACUAGGGCUGGAGCACUGGACAUCAGCGCCUGUAAAGAAGGAAAACCUGUGUAUAUUACACUGCCCCACUUCUUGUAUGCAAGUGAAGAAGUUUUUCUUGGUGUUGAAGGACUACACCCAAAUCCUAAAGAACAUAUGACCUAUUUGGAUGUAGAGCCAACAACAGGGUUUACACUACAGUUUGCCAAAAGGUUGCAAGUGAAUUUAUUGGUGAAACCUUCUGCCAAAAUUACCCCUUUACAAAAAAUCAAAGAAGCUUAUCUCUUUCCUAUUCUAUGGCUGAAUGAGACAGCUGUUAUUGAUGACAAGAAGGCUGAGUUUUUUCGAACAAAAGUGACAAAUAAUAUCAGAUUGCUAUACCUGGUGGAAUCAGUGCUGAUCGUUGUUGGUGCUGUCAUGUUCCUUGGAUUCAUGGCUGCCUAUUUAAUAUGCAGAGCACAGAAAUCAAAAUAGGCUUCUGAUCUCAAGCAAGGAAGAGCCAUGAUGACAACUUCUUGAUGACAUUCCAAAUAGAAUUACUGGACUAUACUUUAUAAAAGCAAAUAACCUGAGGAAGAAUCUCUAUCUUGGCAAAGUUAGUGAAGGCUUGGCCUCUUGGCCACUGAAAGCCGAUGACUGUGACAAGGAGCCAUUCCAACACCAUCGGAAAGACUAGCAUGAAAUUGGAAUUCCUGAGGGCACCUAAACCUCCUAGUCAUUGAAUUUUUUUGUCCUGUGGAUUUCUGAAUCUGGAAAUCAAGCCUGUGCUGCCAUUUAUGCAACUUGCUGCUGCCUGCGCACUACUUCAACCCCUCCUCAAGAAUUCAAAUAUGGGAUCAGAGGACAUUGGCCUGAACUGUUUAAUGAAGCCCAUGUUUUAGGCCAACCAACAGCUUAGUUUGGAAAAUUAUGUGCAAUCCUUUUUCUCCAUCCAGCCGACUGAGGGAAAGAAACCUCUGAAAUGAAGCUGUUGUUGCUGUCUUCCAGAGAUGUGAAAUAAAAAUAUAUAUUAUAAAGACCAA